AUGUACUCGCGCGACCAAUUCAUGAACCCCGGGCCAGCGCCCCGUCCGCCCACGGAUCGCCCUCGCCUCGCCCUCACUCCUAAUACAAGCAGCACCCUCCCGGGCAACAUGGCAGGCCUGAGCCUGCAAUCACCCGCCUUCAACAGCGGUUACAGCAGCAGCAAUGGCUCCACUCCGUCCCUCAUUCGGACGCAAACAGAGAAGAGCAUGGCCUCUUCCAGCUCGGGCAUCGUCAAGGAGGGUAAUGUCAAAGUGAAGGAUGAGGGACUUUUCAAGAUUUGGGCAGAUCGAUGGCUCGUCCUUCGCGAAUUCGAAUUGGCGUUUUUCAAGAGCCCCAACGCUUCCAAGGUGGCCAACUCAAUCUCCCUCCGCGAUGUUCUAGGCGUCGAACGCUCAGAUACCCAAGCCCUCUCCUUCGAAAUCACUCGUGCCCUCAACGUUACAAAGGGCUCUUCUCCUCCACGAGAUGGACCAACAAAAGUCAUAACCUGCAAGGUCGAGACUGACGAUGAAGUAUACGCAUGGAUUGACAGCAUUUACCAACGAUGCCCCAGCAUGGGUGGCGUAAGCAACCCCACCAACUUCACGCAUCGAGUGCAUGUGGGUUUCGACCCCACUAGCGGGGCCUUCGUCGGUCUUCCCGUGGAGUGGGAGAAGCUUUUGACUGCUUCUGCUCUUACCAAGGAUGAUUAUGCCAAAAAUCCAAAGGCCGUCUUGGAAGUUUUGGAGUUUUACACUGAGAAGCUUGUUAAGCGCUCAGAAGACCCCCAGCAGUACCCCAGCCUCACACCCACCCCACCAGUGAACGCUGGCGUGGAGAAACAGCUCGGAUAUGGAGCAGGCGGUGGUAGCUCCAUUGCACCACCUCGGCCAGGACCUCCCAACGGCUACAAGCGUCAGGACAGCUAUAGCAUGAGCCGUCAGAACACACCACCCCAGGGAGGAUAUGGCGCCCCCCAGCAGUCGAGCUACCAGCAAGAUCCCCGCAUUGAACAGGAGCGACGACGAUUGCAAGAGGAGGAGGCCCGCAUCCAGCGUGACCGUGAAAGGGAACGCCAGAGGCAAGAGUACGAGCGACGGGAGCGUGAAGAGAUGGCUGCCUACAAUGCCUCUCUACCAAAGACCAAGGUCCCUAUGGCCCAACAAGAGAUCGGAGGUGGUGGCUACGAGAGUCGGGAGCACAGCCCAUCCGGCCAGUCUAGGUACAACCCGAGCCGACCCGCGCCAUCGACCCCGGGCGCUCCUAGAGAUCGACAGCAGCCCCCUAGCUCAUUGCGCCAGAUGGCCGCUCAGCGUCCGGCCCCCUCAGCCCCGAAUAAGGCCCAGAAUGGAGGUUAUCCCAGCUCUCCUCAAGCGAAGGCGGCCCCUCCCAACGCCCAAAGGCCCCCCGUUCAGCCGAACUCGAGGUAUCAAGACUCAACCGGUAACAUUCCCCAGGCUCGUCCUGCAAAUGGCCAGACACAACAGCCGAAGUAUGCUUCGCCAGCUGCACCAAAGCCACUUAAUGUUGCAAAGCCCGCGCCAGCGCCCGUUGAUCCUGUAAAGGAGGCAGAGGCGGCGCUUACCAAGAAGGAGGAUCCGCCACGCAAGGACGUCCGCAUGUCGAGCAUGUCCGAGAGCGAGGUCAUGGCCAAACUCAGGGAGGUUGUUUCCAAGGACAAGCCAUUGGAUUCGUACAAUAAGCAGAAGAAGAUUGGACAGGGAGCUUCCGGUUCGGUCUAUGUCGCUCGCAUUCGCGAGAGUGCCACAUCUGCUACGGCGAGAAGGAUCUUGCAGGAGAACGGACCUCGCGCCCAGGUCGCUAUCAAGCAGAUGGAUCUCCGCAACCAGCCCCGAAAGGAGCUCAUCGUGAACGAGAUUAUCGUGAUGAAGGACAGCAAGCACCCCAACAUUGUCAAUUUCUUGGAUGCUUUCUUGCAAGAGGAGCAAUCCGAGCUCUGGGUCGUCAUGGAGUUCAUGGAGGGUGGUGCUUUGACCGACGUCAUCGACAACAACACAUCUAUCAGCGAAGACCAGAUCGCAACUAUCUGCUUAGAGACUUGCAAGGGCCUUGAGCACCUGCACAACCAGAAUAUCAUUCACCGAGAUAUCAAGAGUGACAACGUUCUCCUUGAUGGACGCGGCAAUGUUAAAAUCACCGAUUUCGGUUUCUGUGCCAAGCUCACUGAGCAGCGUAGCAAGCGUGCUACCAUGGUCGGAACACCAUACUGGAUGGCGCCCGAAGUCGUCAAGCAGAAGCCAUAUGGCAACAAGGUCGACAUCUGGUCUUUGGGAAUCAUGGCUAUCGAGAUGAUUGAGUCCGAGCCACCGUAUCUCAACGAGGAGCCGCUCAAAGCUCUCUAUCUCAUUGCGACCAACGGAACACCCCGCCUGAAGAAGCCCGACAAGCUUUCCAAGGAACUCAAGGCCUUCCUCUCUGUCUGUCUCUGCGUUGAUGUUAAGUCAAGAGCAAGCGCCUCCGAACUCAUGAGCCACGACUUCCUGAAGAGUGGCUGCAGCCUAAACACUCUAUCCCAGCUGCUUAAUUUCAGGAGGAACGGCAGCAACUAG